GAGUACGGGGUCGCCGGCAUGGGGCUCCGCAAGAAGGGCACCAGGAACCCCCCGGUGCUGAGCCACGAAUUCGUCCUGCAGAAUCACGCCGACAUGGUCUCGUGCGUGGGCAUGUUCUUCGUGCUGGGGCUCAUGUUCGAGGGAACGGCGGAGGUGUCCAUCGUGUUCCUCACGCUCCAGCACGGCGUCCUGGUCCCCGACGAGGAGGAGCGCGCUUCGGGGUCCAAGACCCUGUAUCACUACGGCGUCAAGGACCUGGCCACCGUGUUCUUCUACAUGCUGGUGGCCAUCAUCCUCCACGCCACCAUCCAGGAGUACGUGCUGGAUAAGAUCAGCAGGAGGCUGCAGUUCACCAAAGCGAAGCAAGUGCAAUUAAACGAGUCUGGCCAGCUGAGCGUGUUCUACGUGGUGUCUGGGGCGUGGGGCUUGUUCAUCCUCACGUCUGAGAACUGCCUGUCAGACCCCACGCUCUUGUGGAGGGCUCAUUCCCACAACAUGAUGACGUUCCAGAUGAAGUUCUUCUACAUCUCGCAGUUGGCUUACUGGUGUCACAGCUUUCCCGAGCUGUACUUCCAAAAAAUCAAAAAGCAGGACAUCCCGGGUCAACUCAUCUACAUCGGCUUGCACCUCUUCCACAUUGGCGGGGCCUACCUCCUGUACCUGAACCACCUGGGGCUGCUGCUGCUGGUGCUGCACUACUCCGUGGAGUUACUUUACCACCUGUGUGGCCUGGUCUACUUCAGCGAUGAGAAGUACCAGAAAGGGCUCUCUCUGUGGGUCAUUGUGUUCAUCUUGGGGAGACUCGUGACCUUGAUUGUCUCCGUGGUCACAGUUGGCCUUCACCUGGCCGGAUCAGGACCUGGGCCACAGACUCGGACUAACGAUGCCCUCACUGGAAACGUCAACGUGCUGGCCGCCAAGAUUGCUGUCCUGUCGUCCAGCUGUAGCAUCCAGGCCUACAUAACGUGGACCUUGACAACUGUGUGGCUUCAGAAAUGGGUAGAACAUUCAAACCUUCGGAUCUCAUGUGGGAAGAAGAAACGAUCUAUGGCUAAAGGCAAAUCUUCCAGGAAAGGGACAGAAAAUGGAGUAGAGAAUACAAAUAGAGUGGAGCCUCCCCCCAAAAGGAAAGAGAAAUCCUCAUAAGGAAUCACAAGCAAAUCGGUUUGUGUCUCCAAAAGGAAUCCACUCUGUACUGUGUCCUAUCUCUUUGUGCUAGAGACUUUUCUGGUCUUCGGAAUAGUUUGUGCUCUUUGACUAUAGUUGUUGUAUUAUUUAAUGUGUUUAAAAGCCUUGGAGCCAAGGAUGGUUGAGAAACAAACGUUUUGAUUAAGACUAAGCUGCCCAUCCUCAAAAUAGUGUCAAGUAGAGUUUAGGCAUCAACAUCAGGUUUUAUUUUGUCUUUUACCUCAAACAAUUCCUAACAUGGACCAUGGAGAUGACUACCAAAUUGUUCAUAUGAGUGGUACAAUUUCCUGCCUCUACCAGUUUUUUACGAUAUCACAAGAUUAUUAUUGGAAGGUUGUACUUUUAAUUCUCUCUUUAGGGAUAAUCUGGAUAAUCAUCUUAAGGUGGAAAUAUAAUUGUUAGUAAUUUUAUUUUUCUUUAUUUUACAAUUGAGAAAAGAUUUGUAAAACCCCUAUCAUGCUUAAUUUUAUAAAUGGUAAUCAUUAGUGCUACAUUCUCAUUAAGGAAUCUCAUAAAGAAUCAUUAAAAAACUUGUAUGGAGGUUUACUGGAAUUUAUUGAUAAUAUCUUUAAUAAGUAUAAAAUUAUGAAUUAAGUAAAAUCAGUCCUGUCCAUUUUAAAAUGUAAGUGAAGACUCACAAAAUUAAAUAUUG